CACAGGAACAAGAUGGAUGCUGUGGACACUCGCUGUGCAUCUUUACUCACUGCAGAGUGGUGCUCUUACAGUGACCAUGAGGGAGUCCAAUUUGGAGGUCCUCAGAGGUGAUGCAGUCACCCUCCCCUGUUCCUUUUUCACCUCCAGCCCUCUAACCAAACUUAAUGUUAUUUGGACCCUGGCUCCAUUCUCCAGCCCAGAAAACCCGAUACAGGUCAUUGUUUAUGACCACGGACAGAUGAUGGAAGACCCCUCGUUCAUUGGCAGAGUAGGCUUCACAGGUGUUCCGUGGAGUGCAGACAUCAUCCUGAAUGACACAAGGGAGGCUGAUGCUGGAGUGUACCGCUGCAUGGUCAACAAUCCUCCAGAAACCGCAGACCUGGGUAUCGGAGAGCUCACUCUCACUGUUCUGUCUCGUCCCUCGCUGCCUGUGUGUCAGUGGGAGGGGGACAUUGCAGAGGGUGGGAGUGUGACCCUGUCCUGCUCUGUGGAGGAGGGAAUCCCAACCCCAGAGAUUGAGUGGGACAAGCUCAGCCCAGAAGAAAUACCACUACCAGUCAACAUGGAUGGGGACCCGUCGGGCUCUGUACAAAUCGUCAAUGUGUCGUCUGAGACCUCAGGCUUGUAUCGCUGCUCUGCCUCCAAUGCUUUAGGGACUGAACACUGCUAUGUCAACCUGUCCAUCUACAGCACUCCAGACUCCCCCUCAGGUAUCCUGCAGGGGGUGAUGUUGACGUUAUCGAUGAGCCUGGUCCUGCUGGCCAUGAUACUGCUAGUCACGUGGCUUCACCGCACGGGGCAGGACGGCCGCUGGAGGGAACGCAAAGAGGACGAGGAGAGUUACAACGAAAUCCGGUACACGCCCUCGCUGAUCAAGCGCUCCUUUGUGUGACGUCCAUAAAGGCCAACAUUUUAGUUAUUCAUGGACUUUAGCUUCCUGUUACAGGCAACAUUUUGAGGAGUUUUCUUCAUGGUUAAUUGCUAUGGCAACGUUCCCAAUUUUGCAUCAUUUUCAAACUCAGGAUGCAAAGUUGACAAAUUGUCUUUCUUGUGAGUUACUUUUCCAAAAGCCCACUGUAGGCCCAAGUGUCUUUGUUCCUGUUCACUGUAGAUUAUUGAGAGUGUGAAUUUGUGAGAAGGACCAAGAACUAUGAAAUUGCUGCAUAAAAAAAAAAAAGAGGAAAAUGGACCUAAAUCAAUUAAAUCUGAAAAAUAAAUGGUGUCUAGACAAUUUACUUAUCCCCCUUAAAUUACACCUGUCUAAUUAGGUUAACCUCUUCAAUUUAGGCUACUAGUUGACACAUUUAAUGAUGUAGUCGAAUGUCCAACAUGAUAAAGAAUGAAAAUAAAAAAAGACGCGCUUUAUUUGCAAACAAAGACACAGAAACCUUUAAUUUAAAACAGGAGGGGGAACCACAUAUAAAACUGUACAUUAAACAUUAACAUCUUAAAUAAAAGUCCCCUCCCAACAAAGUAAAUAAAAUGAUAACGUGGGAUGGUGUAUGAUACAUUUGUGCAAAAGAAGUGUUCAUCAUUUCUUCCUAAACAGCACAUUUAGAUGAGUGCCUCUCCACACAGCUCUCCAGUUAUGGGCCGAUCCCCACAUAGUGUCUUUAAUGAAAAACAACCCCAAAUCCAAUAAUAAAAUAGAUCUGUAUUUUUUAAAUAUAUAUUUAUAUACCAAACAUGCUGUACAUCAUUUAGGAGAUUAAGAAAUCCCUUUUUACUGACACCCAUGUCUGUCCAUUUUCUUGUGCUUUCCUCACAAUCAGCAAAUAAAAAACAAAA